ACUUGGAACAUGUUAAUCAUUUCCUGGGACUAUGAGGAACGUCUGACUCUCACAUGAGCAUGAACUCACUCUCCGAUUCAAUCCGAGGGAGUUGGAAUACGGAACGUAUUUUAGCAGUAUUACGGUACGCUAGCCCCUAUCCUAUUCUUCCGGAGUGGAGCGCAAUACGGCUUCCCUGCGUUCCACUAGAUUCCUGCUCCCCCCUCACAGCCGGGAGUUGCAGUGAGAAGCGGCCAUGGCUGAGCGCCGCGCAUUUGCACAGAAGAUUAGCAGAACAGUGGCUGCAGAGGUACGAAAACAAAUAUCUGGACAAUAUGGUUCUCCACAGCCCCACAAAAACCUAAGCACUGGAGGAGGAAGCUCACAUCAUGCUUCGGUUCCUCUUACAGAAGUGGUUGACCCAGUUGAUUUUGAGGACUAUCUCAUUACUCAUCCAGUGUCUUUAGACUCAGGUCCAUUAAGAGACCUGUAUGAGUUUCCUGCUGACGAUGUUGAAGUUCUCUAUGUUCAGAGAGAAUGCAGGACUAUGGUGUCUUCAGUACCAGAAGAAAGUGAAAUGGAUUCUCAUGUCAAGGAUUGCAUAAGAAGUUACACAGAAGACUGGGCAAUUGUAAAUAGAAAAUACCACAAAUUAGGAACUGGCUUUAACCCUAACACACUGGACAAGCAAAAAGAGAGACAAAGGGGUUUGCCAAAGCAAGUUUUUGAAUCUGACGAGGUUUCUGAGAGCAGCAGCUACCAGGAUGACCAAGAUGACAUCAAAAGACGCUCAAUGUCCAUAGAUGAUACUCCACGGGGAAGCUGGGCUUGCAGCAUAUUUGAUCUCAAAAACUCUGCAUCUGAUGCUCUUGUACCUAACUUACUUGAUCGUGCUCCAAAUGAAGAAAUUGAUCACCAAAAUGAAGACCAAAGGAAAUCAAGCAGACACAAAGAACUCUUUGCAUUGCAUCCUGCUCAGGAUGAGGAUGAACCCAUUGAACGGUUGAGUGUUCCUGAGGUACCAAAGGAACACUUUGGACAGAGACUGCUGGUAAAAUGCAUAUCCCUAAAAUUUGAAAUAGAAAUCGAACCGAUUUUUGCAAGUUUAGCUUUAUACGACAUCAAAGAAAAGAAGAAGAUAUCUGAAAACUUUUAUUUUGACUUAAACUCGGAACAAGUAAAAGGAAUGUUGCGUCCAUAUGUCUCCUCUCCAGCCAUCAGUACCCUGGCUAGAUCAGCUAUCUUUUCAAUCACUUAUCCUUCCCAAGAUGUAUUCCUGGUUAUAAAACUGGAGAAGGUGUUGCAGCAAGGAGAUAUCGGAGAAUGUGCAGAACCUUAUAUGAUAUAUAAAGAAGCAGACACAGCAAAAAACAAGGACAAAUUGGAAAAAUUGAAAAGUCAAGCAGAUCAGUUUUGCCAGAGACUGGGAAGGUACCGCAUGCCCUUUGCCUGGACAGCAAUUCAUCUGAUGAACAUAGUGAGCAGUGCUGGGAGCCUGGAACGAGAUUCCACCGAAGUAGAGAUUGGCCCAGCAGAGCGUAAAGGCUCGUGGUCAGAGAGAAGAAACUCCAGCAUUGUUGGAAGGCGCUCAUUAGAACGUACCACUAGUGGUGAUGAGUCAUGUAACCUGACUGCCUUUCGACCUGCAACACUUACAGUGACAAACUUCUUUAAACAGGAAGGAGAUCGACUGAGUGAUGAAGAUCUAUAUAAAUUUCUUGCGGAUAUGAAGAGACCAUCAUCUGUGUUAAGAAGACUGCGACCAAUUACUGCUCAGCUGAAGAUAGAUAUAUCUCCUGCCCCAGAAAACCCAAAUUACUGCCUAACUCCAGAAUUGCUACAAGUGAAACCUUAUCCGGACAGCAGGGUGCGGCCAACAAGAGAAAUAUUGGAGUUUCCAGCAAGAGAUGUGUAUGUCCCAGAUACUACCUACAGAAAUCUUCUCUAUGUUUAUCCUCAAAGCCUUAAUUUUGCAAAUCGUCAAGGCUCAGCAAGAAAUAUAACCGUAAAAGUUCAGUUCAUGAGUGGGGAAGAUCCGAAUAAUGCCAUGGCAGUAAUUUGUGGCAAGUCAAGUUCCCCGGAAUUUUCGAAAGAAGCAUAUACAACUGUAGUAUAUCACAACAGAUCACCUGAUUUCCAUGAAGAGAUAAAGAUCAAGCUUCCAGCUACACUUACCGAUCAUCACCACUUACUCUUCACAUUUUACCAUGUCAGCUGUCAACAAAAACAGAAUACCCCCCUUGAAACUCCAGUUGGAUAUACAUGGAUACCAAUGCUUCAGAAUGGCCGCUUGAAGACAGGACAGUUUUGCUUGCCUGUUUCCUUAGAAAAGCCACCACAGGCAUAUUCUGUGCUUUCUCCAGAGGUCCCUCUUCCUGGAAUGAAAUGGGUGGAUAAUCACAAAGGAGUUUUCAAUGUCGAGGUUGUUGCUGUUUCCACUGUUCACACACAGGAUUCAUACCUGGACAAGUUCUUCGCUCUUGUUCAUGCUCUGGAUGAGCAUAUGUUUCCAGUUCGAAUAGGUGACCUGAGGAUCAUGGAAAACAACUUAGAAAGUGAGCUGAAAAGUAGCAUAUCAGCUCUAAGCUCUGCUCAGUUGGAGCCUGUAGUACAAUUUCUUCACCUCCUGCUUGAUAAAUUGAUUCUUUUGGUCGUACGGCCUCCUAUCAUCGCUGGGCAAAUUGUUAACCUAGGUCAGGCAUCAUUUGAGGCUAUCGCUUCCAUCACAAACAGACUCUACAAAAACCUUGAAGGAAAUCACGAUCAGCAUGGCAGAAAUAAUCUUCUUGCCUCCUACAUUCAUUAUGUGUUCCGGCUGCCAAACACUGAUCCCAAUUCACCUUCGCCAGGUCCUGGUGGAUUGGGAGGAUCAAUGCACUAUGCCACAAUGGCACGGUCAGUAAACAGACCAGCAAGUCUUAACUUAAACCGAUCCAGGAGUCUUAGCAACAGCAAUCCUGAUAUAUCUGGGACCCCAACUUCACCUGAUGAUGAAGUGCGAUCAAUCAUUGGUAGUAAGGGUUUGGAUCGCUCAAAUUCCUGGGUAAACACUGGUGGUCCCAAAGGUGCCCAGUGGGGAACUAACCCUAGUCCAAGUGCUGAAACAGUGCAGGCAAUGGAUCGAUGUAAUCGUAUGUCUUCGCACACUGAGACGUCGAGUUUCUUACAAACUUUAACUGGACGAUUACCAACCAAAAAGCUUUUCCAUGAAGAGUUGGCUCUGCAGUGGGUGGUUUGCAGUGGAACAGUGCGUGAAGCUGCUCUUCAGCAAGCCUGGUUCUUUUUUGAGCUGAUGGUGAAAAGCAUGGUACAGCAUCUGUAUUUUGCUGAUAAACUUGAUUGUCCAAGGAAGCACCGGUUUCCUGAAAGAUUCAUGGAUGAUAUAGCUGCCUUAAUCAGCACAAUGGCUAAUGACAUUGUCACUCGGUUUCAGAAGGACACAGAAAUGGUGGAAAGGCUUAAUGUCAGUCUUGCAUUUUUCCUCAAUGAUCUGUUGUCUGUCAUGGAUAGAGGUUUUGUCUUCGUUCUUAUUAAGGCUUAUUUCAAACAGGUCUCAUCAAAACUGUAUCUACAGCCAAAUCCAAGCAUAUUGGUCUCACUGAGGCUGGAUUUCUUACGUAUAAUUUGCAGCCAUGAACACUAUGUCACAUUAAAUCUGCCCUGCAGCUUGCUCACUCCACCUUCAUCUCCUUCUCCUUCUGUUUCAUCAGCAACUUCCCAAAGCUCUGCAUUUUCUACAAAUGUCCUGGAUCAAAAGAUAGCAAAUAUGUUUGAGUUGUCUGUGCCAUUUCGUCAGCAGCAUUACUUGGCAGGCCUGGUGCUGACUGAGCUGGCAGUCAUUUUGGAUCCAGAUGCAGAGGGAUUGUUUGGAUUGCAUAAGAAGGUCAUUAAUAUGGUACACAAUUUACUAUCUACUCAUGACUCUGAUCCCCGGUAUGCUGAUGCAGAGGUAAAGGCCCGAGUGGCCACGCUGUACCUCCCUUUGAUUGGCAUUGUCAUGGAAACUGUUCCCCAGCUUUAUGAUUUUACAGAGAGUCACAAUCAGCGAGGAAGACCGAAUUGUACAACAGCUGAUGACCAUGAUGGCGAUGGUGGAAGUAUGAUCAGUCAGUCAGUUGCCAUGGCUAUAGCAGGAACAUCAGUUCCACAACUCACAAGACCAAACAGCUUUCUGCUAACAUCAACAGCUUCACGGCAGCAUACUACGUUUUCAGCAGAAUCUAGCCGGAGUCUGUUAAUCUGCCUUUUGUGGGUUCUAAAGAAUGCAGAUGAGACUGUUCUGCAGAAAUGGUUUACUGACCUCUCCAUCCUUCAGCUAAAUCGUUUGCUUGACCUCUUGUACCUGUGUGUUUCCUGCUUCGAAUACAAGGGUAAGAAAACUUUUGAACGGAUGAACAGCUUGACUUUUAAGAAAUCCAAAGAUAUGAGAGCGAAGCUAGAAGAAGCAAUUCUCGGCAGUAUUGGCGCCAGACAAGAGAUGGUCAGAAGAAGUAGAGGUCAGCUUGAGAGAAGUCCGUCUGGAAGUGCAUUUGGCAGCCAAGAAAACCUACGCUGGAGGAAAGAAAUGACUCACUGGCGGCAGAACACUGAUAAAACAGACAAGAGCCACAAACCAGCAAGAUCAAGGGCAGAACUUGAACAUGAAGCACUUAUAGAUGGAAACUUGGCAACAGAAGCAAAUUUAAUCAUACUAGAUACUUUGGAAAUCAUUGUUCAGACUAUUUCACUGACUGAAUCCAAGGAGAGCAUUCUGGGAGGUGUGCUUAAGACUCUUUUACACAGCAUGGCAUGCAAUCAGAGUUCUCUCUAUUUGCAGCACUGUUUUGCCACACAAAGAGCCCUUGUUUCAAAGUUCCCAGAGCUUUUGUUCGAGGAAGAAACUGAGCAGUGUGCAGACCUGUGCUUAAGAUUACUUCGGCACUGCAGCAGCAGCAUCAGUAACAUAAGAUCACAUGCUGGUGCUUCUCUGUACCUGCUUAUGAGACAGAACUUUGAAAUUGGAAAUAAUUUCGCAAGGGUUAAAAUGCAGGUUACCAUGUCCUUGUCAUCUUUGGUAGGGAGAUCUCAGAAUUUCAAUGAAGAAUUUUUAAGAAGGUCACUAAAGACUAUUUUAACAUAUGCUGAAGAAGAUCUAGAAUUACGGGAGACAACUUUCCCUGAGCAGGUCCAGGAUCUUGUGUUUAAUCUCCACAUGAUUCUCUCUGAUACCGUGAAAAUGAAAGAACAUCAAGAAGACCCCGAGAUGCUUAUUGACCUGAUGUACAGAAUUGCAAAAGGUUAUCAGACGUCACCUGACCUGCGCUUAACCUGGUUGCAGAAUAUGGCAGGAAAACACUCAGAAAGGAUCAAUCACGCGGAGUCGGCUCAGUGCCUAGUUCACUCAGCAGCUCUUGUGGCUGAAUAUUUAAGUAUGCUAGAGGAUCGCAAGUACCUUCCUGUAGGCUGUGUUACCUUUCAGAAUAUUUCAUCUAAUGUGUUGGAAGAGUCUGCAGUGUCAGAUGAUGUGGUAUCCCCAGAUGAAGAAGGCAUUUGCUCAGGAAAAUAUUUUACAGAGGCUGGUUUGGUGGGACUUCUAGAGCAAGCAGCUGCCUCCUUCUCAAUGGCUGGUAUGUACGAAGCAGUUAAUGAAGUCUACAAAGUGCUUAUACCCAUACAUGAGGCCAACAGAGACGCUAAGAAGCUCGCCACAAUUCAUGGAAAACUCCAGGAAGCAUUUAGUAAAGUAGUCCAUCAGAGUACUGGCUGGGAGAGAAUGUUUGGGACCUACUUUCGGGUUGGUUUCUAUGGGACAAAGUUUGGAGACUUAGAUGAGCAAGAGUUUGUGUAUAAAGAACCAGCAAUUACAAAACUAGCAGAAAUUUCCCAUCGGCUAGAGGGCUUUUAUGGAGAACGCUUUGGAGAAGAUGUUCUUGAAGUUAUUAAAGAUUCCAAUCCAGUUGAUAAAUGUAAAUUAGAUCCUAAUAAGGCCUUCAUUCAGAUAACCUAUGUAGAACCUUAUUUUGACACCUAUGAAAUGAAGGACAGGAUUACAUACUUUGACAAAAAUUAUAACCUGCGACGAUUCAUGUAUUGCACCCCAUUCACACUGGACGGGAGAGCCCAUGGUGAACUUCAUGAACAGUUCAAGAGAAAGACCAUCCUAACUACCUCACACGCAUUCCCGUAUAUUAAAACCAGAAUAAACGUCAUCCAUAAGGAGGAGAUCAUUUUAACUCCUAUAGAAGUCGCCAUAGAGGACAUGCAGAAAAAGACUCAGGAGCUGGCAUUUGCAACUCACCAGGAUCCAGCUGACCCAAAAAUGCUUCAAAUGGUACUACAGGGUUCAGUGGGCACAACAGUGAAUCAGGGCCCGCUGGAAGUUGCACAGGUGUUCCUCUCAGAAAUCCCAAAUGACCCAAAACUGUUUCGGCAUCACAAUAAGCUACGACUUUGUUUCAAAGACUUUACAAAAAGGUGUGAAGAUGCACUACGGAAAAACAAGAGCCUAAUCGGACCAGACCAAAAGGAAUACCAGCGGGAACUGGAGAGGAACUACCAUCGUCUGAAAGAAUCCCUUCAACCUCUUAUCAAUAGAAAGAUUCCUCAGUUAUACAAGACUGUUUUGCCAGUUACCUGCCACAGGGAUUCUUUCAGCAGAAUGAGUCUCCGGAAAAUGGACCUCUGAACAGAGCGGUACUGUUGAACCAGUGACGAGGAACAUGACUAGUUUGUGAAAUGAAAGCUGGCUUUGCUUCAGGACAAGUCACAGUUAACUCAGCAUGAAGUAUUAUAGACAAUAUGGCCAUUCAUUUUCACAGGAACACUUUUGGUCAGUUUUGACUCGCUAAAUUGUGUUACUUUGUGUCUGCCUUUUUUUUUUUUGUACUGUGACACAGAGGUACAAGAACAUUGUUUUAUCACUUAUUUAUGCAAGGUUAACAUGUAUUUAGUUAUUAAUUUAUAUUCAAGACAUUUCAUUUUUUAUGUUUGUUUUAAGGUACUGUCCAUUCUGUGCAGAUUUGCCAAAUAUGUGGCGUAAAAAUACAAUUUUUGGUCACAAGAUAAACCAAGGGAUAUGAGUGUUGACAGAUUUUUAAUGUGGAAGAAAGUUGCAUGGAAUGUCUGUUCUUUGGUCAAAGCCACGUGCAAUUUAUAAACCAUGACAAACUGUUUUUUCUUUUUAUGUGUUAAGUCAAUUACAGUCAAUAACAGACCCCAGUGCAACUAUUAUAUGUAGGCUGAAAUGUAUAUAUAUGUAUUCAUUUUCAUGAAUAAUAUUACAAUGUAGGAAAAAUAAAAAGGUACUUUUCAACAUUA